CAGGUAAGUAUUUGUCAUUUUUUUGAGUUUCAAAAUGUCACACGAAAAUUCAAAAUUUCAAACAUGAAAAAUUUCUUAUUUAAAUUGGCUGACAUUGUUUUGGACAUUUUAAUAAAUUACUGCGUACAGUUCGUUUUCUACGCUGUGGCCUGUAAUGAAUCGAUAAAAUACUGUUUCCUUGUAUAGAAAACUAUAAAAAUGGACGGACCACUGAAAAAUCCCCAAACUGAAAUCCUUACCCUUGUGGAAAUUGUAAAGCACAAUCUAUUUUUCGCCGUAAUCAGAGGGUCCAGCUGUAACCGAAAACUGAAAAACGAUGGAGACCUGUUUUAUUUUUCAAUUGAUGAAGAAUUGCAGUACAAUAACUAUUACUGCGACUUUGGGCCGUUAAGUAUUUCAUGCUUGUUUAAGUAUUGCAUGAAAUUAAACAAAUAUUUACAAUAUGGAAGAGGUAUUAAAGGAAUUGUUCAUUAUACAUGUUCAAAUGCUGAUAAAAAAGCUAAUGCUGCCUUUUUAAUUGGCGCAUAUUGUGUGAUUUAUUUGAAAAUGCAACCAAGGGACAUUUAUAAUUUGUUAGAACAAGCAGGACCUUUCAAGCACUUCUUGGAUGCAUCGCAAUUCAUUUGCCAAUUUACCUUGAAAAUUAUCGACUGUUAUCAAGCGAUAGCCAAGGCAAUAAUAUUCAAUUUCUUCAACUUUAAUGAUUUCAAUUCCUUAGAAUAUGAUUUAUAUAAUAAGCUAGAGUAUGGAGAUUUGAAUUGGUUAUUGCCCAGAAAGUUUUUGGCAUUCAUUGGCCCUGCUGAUAAUGGAACUGCACAUUCUCCAGGGUUUUACAUUAAAUAUUUUUUGAAAAACGAUGUCAAAACUGUUGUGAGGUUGAAUACGGUUAAAUAUGACUCUUAUGCGUUUAUGCAAGUUGGUAUCGAACAUUUCGAUUUGAUAUAUCCUGAUGGUACUGUACCUCCAAAGGAAAUCCUUAUGAAGUUUUUAUAUAUUGCUGAAAGUGCUCCAGCUGCCAUAGCAGUACAUUGUAAGGCUGGUUUAGGUAGAACUGGAUCACUGAUAGGCGCAUAUCUAAUAAAACACUACAGGAUGACAGCUAGAGAAGCGAUUGCCUGGCUUAGAAUCUGUAGACCUGGAUCUGUUAUAGGGCAGCAGCAAAUAUGGCUGGAAAAAAUACAAAAUUGGUUGUGGAGAAUUGGCACUCAAUACAGAUUAGAAAAGUAUGGAGAAAGCAAUAGGAUUCCACGUCAUAAAUACGGAAUCUACAGCAAAGUAUGGCCUACAGAAAGAGAAAAACUGUUACGAGAAACUCGCAAGAAGUUACAAUCCAGUUUUACUAAAUCCCAACUGGAGGCACUUACCCAGGCUCAAAACACAAGAAAACUAAUUACCGUCGAAAAAAUGUCAGACAAUGACUCAAAAAUUUUUCCAACAACAGGAGACAGUUUCAAAAACAUUUCCAAAUUGUUAUCUUCAGUCCACGGCAUGUGCAGCAGCGAGUGUAAACCCAUAUCAGACAUGCCUGUGAAACAAGUUCUCCAAUUGGAAAAAUGUAUAAUGUCUAAUGACGAAGAAUUGCCAUUACCUCUAAAAAUUAAGCAACAAUCAAAGAAAACAUUAGUGAAACAAACCGCUCAAAAAUUUUUCAAAGUACCUACUUUGCCAACUCAAGGAGAUAAAUUGAAUGAAAUUAAAGCUAUUCGAUUGAAAAGCUUGUUUCGGAAGGCACACAAAUCCUAAAAAAAAUGUUAUUUCAAAUUUUUUUGAUUCAAUAAAGUUCAAAAUGACUUCACUCUAACUUCUUGUAAUAAGUAGGUAGGUAUUUUAUUAUGAAAUAGUUAAUUAUCAAUACACCACAAAAUAUAAUAUUAUAAUUAAACACUUUGAAUUGCUUGUUUCUCAGCCUGAUACUUGUAAUGCAAAUCGUUGCAAUCGUUAUUAUCAAUAUGUAUCCAUCCAGAUUGUUUCAUGUGAUAUACUCUGACAAUACCACCAGAAUAAGCAUCUCUGUGAGUGGCAUGAUAAAUAGCUCUACGACCCAAAUCGUAAGCUUCCGCAUCGGUCAAAUCCCAUUUGUAGCCAGAAUCAAGGACACCAAAGGCGUAAAUUGAACCGGAACCAACGCUGAAGACUUUGCCCGGAGUUCUGGUACCUUCAGAGUCGAUAUAA